UAAGUAACCUUUGUUUCCCCUUUAAUGCAGACACCUACUGAUAAUGUUGCACAAAUUUUGCAUUGCAUUGAGUCAACAAACAAUCAAAUCCCUCAGCAACAACAAGAGUUUACUAAGAAACAAAACCAAUUUGAGCAAAGAGGCAUAUUCAGUAGUAGCAUUAGUCCUAACAAUUCAUCAGAUGAUGGAUACACAUGGAGAAAAUAUGGACAAAAGCAUGUAAAAGGGAGUAAUUUUCCCAGAAGUUACUACAAAUGCACUCAACAAACAUGUCCUGUGAGGAAAAAAGUUGAGUGUGCACCAAAUGGACAAGUCAUAGAAAUUGUCUACAAUGGUCCUCAUAAUCACCCGAAAACUCAACAUCUUCGACGAAAAGCUAUGGAUGCAGAUUCCUAUGUUGUUGGACAAGAAAAUGGAUCAUCAUCAUCAUCAUUGAUAUGGAGAAACGAUCAGCAACUUGAGUACAAUAAGGAUGUUAAUAGUUGUUGUAAUGAACUAGAAAGAAAACCUUCUGCAUCUGUCUUGUCUGAUGUCUCAUCCGAUCCAAUGUUGUCGAACAAUCUGAAAUCGAUGAAUGUGUUUGAAUCAGAUGCAACUCAUGAGCUUUCUUCUACGCUAAAUAGUUUUGAUGAUGAAGAUGAAGAUUUGGCCACUCAAGAAGGUAAUUUUCUUGGGGAUGGUAUCAAUGAGUUUGAAUUUGAGCCAAAAAGAAGG